AUGCUGCCAAAAUCAAUUCAACUUCUCCAUGUGUUUGUGGUUGUGCUUUCACUAUUAUUAUUAGAAUACAUACCUGUUCUUGGACUCUCCUCAGGAGGAGUUGAAGCUGCUAAUAAAAUCCGGUGCAUAGAGAAGGAGAAACAAGCUCUCCUCAAGUUUAAAGAAGCUGCCAUAGAUGAUUAUGAAAUUCUCUCUUCUUGGGGGAAUGAAGAAGCUAAGAAAGACUGUUGCAGAUGGAGAGGAGUCCAUUGCAACAACCACAGUGGUCAUGUAACCAUGCUCGAUCUUCAUGUACCGAUGUAUGGUCCUUAUGACCAUUUGAGCGGUAAGAUUUCUCCUUCAUUGCUUGAAUUGCAGCAUUUGAAGUAUUUAGAUCUUAGUGGAAAUGCGUUUGAAGGGCGCUUCCCAGAGUUCAUUGCUUCCUUGAGCAGAUUACAAGUCCUCAACCUCAAUGCCAAUUACUUUGGUGGUCCGAUUCCUCAUCAGCUUGGGAACCUUUCCAACUUAAGUUAUCUUGAUCUUGGUUGGAAUAUGAAUAUAACUGAUGGAAAUCUUGAGUGGCUUUCUCAACUUUCUUUACUAAGACACCUUGCUCUUGAUGGGAUGGACCUUAGUAAAGCAAUCAAUUGGGUUGAAUCUAUUAAUAAUCUUCCUCUUUUAAAAAACUUGCUCUUAAGUCAGUCCCAUCUUCCAGAUGUCAUUCCUCCUACGCAUGCUUUCAAUUCUUCUCCAUCUCUUGUUGUGCUUGAUCUCGGUUACAAUCUCCUAUCUUAUUUUUCAAUAUGCAAUUGGUUGGUCAACUUUAGUAGCAGCCUUGUCGAUCUUGAUCUUUAUGGUAACCUGUUAAAAGGUCCGAUUCCUGAUGCUUUUGGGAACAUGAUAUCCCUUGUACAUCUCAAUCUCUCUUUUAAUCAGCUAGAAGUUGGCAUUCCAAAUUCGUUCGCCAAUCUAAGUCGUUUACAAUCGUUAGAAAUGGGUGCCAGCAAUUUAAAAGAAGAACUUUCUGAGAUUCUUCACAAGUUAUCUCGAUCUGAGAACUCAUUACAGACUUUGAAUUUUGAGUGGAAUCAACUUGGUGGUACAUUGCCUGAUUUCACAAGAUUUUCAACCUUGAGGGAGUUGAAUCUCCAUCAAAACCAAUUGAAUGGCCCAUUCCCAGAAAGUUUUGGACAACUUCGUAGUCUUGUUCGCCUAGAUUUGUCUGGAAACCAAAUUACAUCUUUUUCGAAUUCUUUCCAAGGCAUAAUCUCUGAAGCCCACUUCUCAAACCUCUACAGUUUACAAUAUUUGGACUUGUCUUUUAACCAACUAGUUUUGAACUUUAGCUCUGAUUGGGAUCCUCCUUUUCAACUUCGUGAAAUAAGGUUGGCAUUUUGCAAGUUGGGGCCUAGUUUCCCAAAAUGGCUUCGAAAGCAAAAUCAAUUUUAUGAGCUUGAUAUCUCUGGAGCUGGAAUUUCAGAUACUGUCCCUAGUUGGUUUUGGGAUCUAUCACCCAAGUUAAAUGGUUUAAAUCUUUCUUGCAAUGAAAUAAAUGGCUUGUUACCAGAUUUAUCUUCGAAGUUUACUGAUUUUAUCGGCAUAGAUUUAAGUUCUAAUCGCUUUACAGGUCAAAUACCACCACUUCCAUCCAAUUUAACAUUUUUGAAUCUCUCCAAAAACGUGUUUUCGGGGUCAAUUUCUUUCUUAUGUGCAAUUUCUAGCACUGAAGUUUUCUCCUAUCUUGACCUCUCAAGGAACUUACUAUCAGGAGGACUUCCAAAUUGUUGGGAACAUUUGAAAGCACUUACAGUUAUCAAUCUGGCCAACAAUAAUUUUUCUGGGGCACUUCCUAGCUCAAUAGGUUCCCUAAAUGCCAUUGAAGCAUUGCAGUUGCGCAACAAUAGUUUCUCUGGGAGAUUGCCAAAGUCUUUGAAUAAAUGCAUACAGUUGAAAAUUAUUGACUUGGAGCAAAAUAGAUUCACAGGAAAAAUACAAGCAUGGAUAGGGAUGCAUCUCACAAGGUUAGUCAUUCUUAGUCUACGAUCCAACAAAUUCUAUGGAAGCAUACCUCAAGAUAUCUGCUACCUUAACUGUAUUCAAGUUUUGGACCUCUCUCAAAAUCAUUUAUCAGGAAAACUACCACAAUGUUUCAGCAAUUUUUCUGCUUUGGUUCAAAGUAAUAGUUCAGAAGGAACCAUUGCUUUCCCCUACACUACAUAUGAAGAUGGUAUGUUUUUUGCAAAUUUAUAUGAAUAUGAAAGCAAUGCAUUGGUUCAAUGGAAAGGGCAAGAGAGGGAGUACGGAAGAAAACUGGGACUACUUAAAAUGAUUGAUCUUUCUAGCAACAAAUUGACUGGAAAACUUCCUCAGCAAGUUGCGAGUCUUGCAGGGUUGGUUUCCUUGAACCUGUCAAGAAACAAUUUGGCUGGAAGAAUCAUCCAAGAUAUUGGUCAGAUGAAGAUGUUGGAAGUUCUUGACCUAUCUGCAAAUAGACUUUCUGGUGAGAUUCCUACAAGCCUUGCUUAUCUAAAUUUUCUUAGUGUAUUGAACUUGUCAAAUAACAACUUGUUGGGAAAAAUUCCGUCGAGCACUCAAUUGCAAAGCUUUGAUGUCUCUGCAUAUUCUGAGAAUCUUAAACUCUGUGGGCGUCCCCUACCUAAUAAGUGUCCAGGAGAGGAAACGGUUGUGGAACCUCCAAUUUCUACUCAAGAAGAUGAGGACAGGUUUAUUACCUCAGGAUUUUAUGUUAGCAUGGGGAUUGGUUUCACCGUUGGAUUUUGGGGAGUUUUUGGCUCUAUGCUUUGUAACAGUCCAUUGAGAUAUACCUACUUCAAAUUCUUGGACCGCAUACAAAAUUGGUUGUAUCUGACUGCAGUAUCGAAUAUGACUAGACUACAAAGGAAUCUUUAA